UCUACCUAACCAUGUGUCCUGGUAAGACAUCGUGCUGCAGUUACAUUUGAUGCAACACUAUGUUUCUGCCCGGAAUACAAAGAUAUGGGACCAAAUGCGGAAAAGUGUCUAGAGGUACUUUGGUAUUUGUUUAUAUUUGACCGCUAAGGAAGUAAACGUCAACUCAUCAGCUGAUUUUAGAAAGGAUUUUCCAAUAUUUAAGAGUUUUUCUGUUCAAAUCAUCUUUGAAAGUUAUAAACCAAUAAACUGCAAUGGCUUCUACAGGGAAUACCAAAGCAACCUGUGUCCCGUACUUCUCAGAUAAGCAUGCUCAAGGUGUUCUGGCUCAGAUGAACAAGAUGAGAAUUCAGUGUGAACUUUGUGACGUACAGCUGCAGCUUGAAGAGGAGAUGUUUUGUGUCCACAGGCUGGUCCUUGCUUCUAGCAGUCCUUACUUUGCUGCUUUGUUCACUGGUGGAAUGCUUGAAGCUUCCAAGGAUGUAGUACGGAUUGAAGGUGUGUCAGCUGACACAUUUAAGCUGAUUUUAGAUUAUAUUUACACAGGAGCUGUGAAUGUCAAUGUGAAUAAUGUUCAAGAGAUCAUUGUAGCUGCUGACAUGUUCCAUCUGUGUGAGAUAGUGGACAUGUGCUGUAAAUUCCUCAAGGAGCAAAUGGAUCCUUCCAACUGCAUUGGAAUCUUCCAGUUUGCAGAGCACAUUGCCUGCCAUGAUCUGCUGGAAUUUGCAGAGAACUACAUAUUUUCCCAUUUCCUGGAGGUGCAGGAAGGGGAAGAAUUUCCAACAUUGUCAAAAGAACAACUUAUAAAAAUCUUGAAGAGUGAAGAGCUGAGGAUUGAAGAUGAAUAUCAAGUCUUUACAGCUGCUAUGCAUUGGAUUUUGAAAGAUCUUGUUAAAAGGAGAAAACAUGUAGUAGAGGUUCUCAGUCCUGUCCGCUUUGCCCUUUUGUCACCACAGAGGCUCUUUAAAUACAUUGAAGAAAUUCUUGAUUUUGGCCUGCGGGUGGCAUUACAUGCAUUGCUGAGGGAGUACACCACAGAGAUGAGCAAAACUCCCAAAGAGAACUACGUAAGUUUUUUGCAGACGUCAAAAGUUCGUCCUCGGAGGAGAGCCCGAAAGUACCUUUAUGCAGUAGGUGGCUACACACGGUUACAGGGAGGUCGUUGGAGUGACAGUAGAGCCCUGAGCUGUGUGGAGCGAUUUGACACUUUCACUUUGUAUUGGACCACUGUUGCUUCCCUUCAUCAGGCUCGCAGUGGUUUGGGGAUGGCUGUACUUGAGGGAAUGAUCUACGUCAUGGGAGGUGAGAAAGACUCCCUUAUUUUUGACUGCACUGAACGCUAUGAUCCAGUGAAUAAGCAGUGGACAUCGAUGGCAUCCAUGAACUACCCACGAUGUGGACAUGGUGUGUGUGCUUGUCGUGGUGCUCUGUAUGCUUUAGGAGGAUGGAUUGGAGCAGAAAUUGGAAAUACAGUUGAACGUUUUGAUCCUUCUGAAAACAAAUGGGAACUUGUUGGCCGAAUGGCAGUGCCUCGCUACUACUUUGGGUGUUGUGAACAACAGGGUAUUAUUUACGUCAUUGGUGGCAUCAGCCAUGAGGGAACAGAGUUGCGUUCUGCUGAAGGAUAUGAUACAGUCAGCAAGCGAUGGUUUGCCAUGCCAGUCAUGUCCACCAGAAGAGCAUACCUAGGAGUUGCCAUCCUCGGUGAAUACAUUUAUGCUGUCGGAGGGUGGAAUGAAGAAGAUGACGCACUUUGCACUGUGGAAAAAUAUUCAUUUGAAGAGGAGAAAUGGCUGGAAGUUUCACCUAUGAAGAUGCCAAGGGCAGGUGUGUCAGUUGUGGCUGCAAAUGGGCUUCUGUAUGCCUCAGGAGGUCGAGGUUCUAAUUGUGGUUUUGCGGCUCCUGUCACCACAGACUCCGUGGAAGUAUAUGACCCCCACAUGGACACAUGGACUGAAAUUGGCAACAUGAUAACCAGUCGCUGUGAAGGAGGAAUGGUUGUUCUAUGAAAAGCACCCUAGGCAACAGUAAGAAGCUUGAAGGCAGUAGCCAGCAGUGUAGUGCAAGAUGAAAUGAGGCACAUCUCACAUUUUUCAUCUCUUCUCGGAAGAUGUACUAAAGUGCCUUGUAUUGCAAGUAGAUGUACUUCUUUUUGGUACUGAACAUGGUCAAAACAAUUGGGUUUAGCAACUAAAGCAAACCCAAUGUGUGUGCUCAGUUGCCAAAACAGACUCUACAGACACCAAACUAGUCGUAAUCUGCUACAGACUAAUUCAGCUUAGGUUGCAGGCUGGGUAAUAGAUUUCAUGGUAAUAUUGAAAAUUAUUACUAUGUACUGCCGCUGAGAAGUACUUCAAGUGGCACUGAGCAUGCUAGACUUGCAAUACAUUCAAAGUGAUGUAGUGUUAUUAGACUUAAAUGUCAUAUGUUAGCACAUGCAGACAAUACAUCUACAUUUAAAUACAGGUAAUACUUGUUGACUUAAUACAUUGGGAUCUUUUACUGAAUAGCACACGAUACGUCUAGGAAAGAACACUCUAGAACAAUGUUUAGGUACACUUUUGUAGUAAAAAUAUUUUGUAUGACUUGUCCUUAUCAUUAGGGAUGUGAGGUAAAAUGUUUUCUGCAACAGGGUUUAUUUAACUUCUUUUGCACUUUAUCAGAGAGAGAAAGUUGUUACGUUCUAGAAAUUACAGUAACAGUAGGCAAAGAAUAAUUAGCAAUAAUAUGAAACUGAGUGGAAAUUUCUGCUCAUGUACAAAUGUCAUUAUCAAUGUACGUAAUGCUGUACAUUUUUGUGGAGGCUUCUGCUACUGUUUAAAUAAUGACUUGUAUUGGAGGAAGCUUUGAGCAGUAUUGUGGCCCUGGAGACUUCCAUCUUUGGUCUGAGACAACAGUAGGUGAGAUAGCUGAUAAAUUCUUCACCAGUGGUUUCUUCUAAAUUAGCACAGAAGAUCAGCAAAAAGACCCUGUAUGUGUAGCAGAGAUUCAGAUUGUGUCACUACCCAUUAAAUGAAGCAAUUACAUGUAGCAGUGGACAAUAAAAAAACAAAUCCAGGUGGUGGGUAAGUGAAUGAAGAGAUGACAGGUCAGCAGUACACUGCCCUUCACUCCACAUGUGCACUAUAUCUGAGUGCUGUUUGAGCUUUGCUGAGCUGUUAAGAACAAGAAACAAGCCUGUGUUAUCAGAUUGUCAGCAAGAUAAUUUGCUGCACUCAGUGAUAGUUGUCAGGUGGGUAGAGGAUGAUAAAAAAGUGCGUGUGCGUGUGCGUGUGUGUGUGUGUGUGUGUGUGUGUGUGUGUGUGUGUGUUAAUUAAAAUGUAUUUUCUCUGAAAAAAUCUACAUGAUUAACAGUUGUCAGACGUCAACAGAGACAAGUCACUGAAAUCAGUGAUAGUUAUUAGACGAAUGGAGGAUGAUAAGGUAUGGGGUAACUAUUUAUAAUUUUUUCUGAAAAAAAAUAUUAAAAAGUGGCAUCUACUUGCUUGUUAUAGCAGGAUAAGAAAUAGAAACUUAAUGUAGUUGUCUGCCCCAUCACACUACUAUGAAAGUUUAGAAAAGUGAAGCUUCUCAUGUAUUUGCAAGCAAGCAUUGUUACAGUAAAGCUAAACAUUCAUUUUUAGAAUGUUGUUGUUUGAGAUGAGCUAUUUUAUUUGUAUGAUGUAAUAAAAUAGUUUAAAGCA